AAGGCUGUUAGCCAAAGGCUUGACAUUCAUCUUCCCACCAGAAGGAAAGAAUGGAACUGGUAGAGAAAAAAGCAGCUAAGAGACAGGAGGAAACAAACAACAUAGACCCAGAAGAAACAGUUUAAAACACGGCUGAAAUUAAUUCUUCCCCUGGACUCUUCAAUUAUGGUGAACAGCCGUGAGUUGUCCAGCAUGAUAGUGCUCAUUUUCUUGGCCCUCAGCAAGAAAAAUGUUGCCAAGCUACACCCAUGGGCCUAAUCUCCAAAUGCAGUGACCCAGCAAGUAGUACACAUGGUCCAAUCAGUUGUCUUGGAUUCUUCUUAUAAGAUGAUAUUUGGAAAGAGCUGUGGGCCUGAGCUUGGAAAAUGAAUACACUUCCCAAAGCAAUAAUUGCACAUAUUUAAGAGAGCAAUGCUUACGCGACGCAAACGGAUGUAAGCAUGCUUGGAGUGUAAUGGAAGAUGCCUGCAGUGAUUCAGGUGACACCUGUAAGAUGAGGAAUUCAUCAUACUGUAACCUGAGUAUCCAGUACUUAGUGGAAAGCAAUUUCCAAUUUAAAGAGUGUCUCUGCACUGAUGACUUCUCUUGUACUGUGAACAAACUGCUUGGAAAAAAAUGUAUCAAUAAAUCAGAUAACAUAAAAGAGGACAAAUUCAAAUGGAAUCUAACUACACCUUCCCAUCAUGGAUUCAAAAGGAUGUGGUCCUGUUUGGAAGUGGCAGAGGCAUGUGUAGGGGAUGUGGUCUGUAAUGCACAGUUGGCCUCUUACCUUAAAGCUUGCUCAGCAAAUGGAAAUCCGUGUGAUGUGAAACAUUGCCAAGCAGCCAUACGGUUCUUCUAUCAAAAUAUACCUUUUAACAUUGCCCAGAUGUUGGCUUUUUGUGACUGUAGUCAGUCUGAUAUACCUUGUCAGCAGUCCAAAGAAGCUCUUCACAGCAAGCCAUGUGCAAUGAACAUGGUUCCACCCCCUACUUGCCUCAGUGUAAUUCACAGCUGCCAAAAUGAUGAAUUAUGCAGGAAGCACUAUAGAACAUUUCAGUCAAAAUGCUGGAAGCGUGUGACUAGAAAGUGCCAUGAAGAUGAGAAUUGCAUUAGUGCCUUAAGCAAACAGGACCUCACUUGUUCAGGAAAUGAUGACUGCAAAGCUGCUUAUAUAGAUAUCCUUGGGACGAUCCUUCAAGUGCAAUGUACCUGUAGGACCAUUACACCAAGUGAGGAAUCUUUGUGCAAAAUUUUCCAGCACAUGCUUCAUAGAAAAUCAUGUUUCGAUUAUCCAACCUUGUCUAAUGUCAAAGGCAUGGCGUUGUAUACAAGAAAACAUGCGAAGAAAAUCACUUUAACUGGGUUUCAUUCCCCCUUCAAUGGAGAAGUAAUCUAUGCUGCCAUGUGCAUGACAGUCACCUGUGGAAUCCUUCUCUUGGUUAUGGUCAAGCUUAGAACUUCCAGAAUAUCAAAUAAAACAAGAGAUCCUUCACCGAUCCAAAUACCUGGAGAACUCUGAUUCUUUAGGAGCCAUGGACCCGUAACAAUCGCUUUCUUUCUCUUUUACGUUUUUGGGUGG